AUGGCACCAGACGCGCGUCGAGUAGCUGCUGCUUUAAUAGCAAUAACCAUUAUUAAGAAAAAGAGGACAAGCAACAAAAAGCUAUACAAAAGAGGAAGCAUUGCUGGUGGCGGGCACGAUGCGAAGAAGAAGAAGGUAUUCAACAACAUACGGGACAACUGCGACCCCGCCGACAACUGGGAGAUGAUCGGCGAGCUGGGCGACGGCGCGUUUGGAAAGGUGUACAAAGCUCAGCACAAAACGACUGCUCAACUCGCCGCCGCCAAGAUGUGCGUCCUAGACAACGAGGACGACCUCGCAGACUUCACCGUGGAGAUAGACAUACUGACGGAGUGUCGCCAUCCCAACGUGGUCGAGUUACACGAGGCGUACUUCAUAGACAACAAACUGUGGAUGCUUCUCGAGUACUGCGACGGUGGAGCCCUUGACUCCGUAAUGUCGGAGCUGGAGAAGGGGCUGAGCGAACCACAAAUAGCCUACGUAUGCCGUGAGAUGUGUCGCGGCCUACAAUAUCUUCACUCGAGGCGGGUCAUCCAUAGAGAUCUGAAGGCUGGCAAUGUAUUGGCUACAAUGACUGGUGGUGUUAAGCUGGCGGAUUUCGGCGUAUCAGCCAAGAACAAGUCGACACUACAGAAGCACGACACGUUUAUCGGCACGCCGUACUGGAUGGCGCCAGAAGUGGUGCUGUGCGAGACCUUCAGGGACCACCCGUACGACUUCAAGGUGGACAUCUGGUCAUUAGGAAUAACACUUAUAGAAUUCGCUCAAAUGGAGCCUCCCAACCACGAGAUGACACCGAUGAGAGUGUUGCUCAAGAUACAAAAGGGGGAUCCACCAUCACUCGAUCAACCAUCGAGGUGGAGCAAGACUUUCAACGACUUCAUUGCCAAAGCACUUGUUAAGGAGCCAGAGAAAAGGCCUACAGCCAUCGAGCUUCUCAAACACGAUUUCGUGAGCGGCGAUCUGGACUCGAAACCGCUUCGGGACUUACUGCUGGAAUACAGGGCCGAAGUGGUGGAAGAAGAGUUGUUGGACGAUGACUCUGAGGAACAUCGCAGCUCACAGAUGCACAUGGAGGUGGAAGAUGACUCCACGUCUGUCCGGUCGGGCGACACGCCGGACGUCAAAAUGUCGGAGGCGGAACCCCCCUCGGGCUCCACGGUACAGGGGGCCACGGUUCCCCCCGCCCCGGUCCCGGCCCCGGCCCCGGGCCCCGUCCCCGCCCCCGGGCCCGCAAAGAGGCCCCGAGACGACCCCGCGCCUGUUGACAGGAGGGCGCCGGCGCCCAAGAAAGAGAAAGGUCCCGCUCCCCCUCCCCCGUCCACUCCGCCCGCGUCCCCCGCCCCCGUCCCUACCCCUUCUCCCACCACUACCCCAUCAACUACCCCCUCCACCGCCCCCGUCGCGUCAAAGAAACCGCCCGCGCCGCCGCCACCGCCCGCAGCGGCUGUAUCUGCCGUCGCCGCCGCCCCGCAACAGGUCAAACAGCUAGUCGAUCAGGUAUGUCGAGAAGCAGAAAAGGCUGUGGAAGAAAAGAAAGACCUAAAACAAGACAAGGAUAGUCCCAAACCGGUUUCAACGAGAGUCACGCCCGAACCAGAAUCUAAACCGGCAGACAAAGACACAAACAAACCUAGCGCUCAAACCAAUGACCUACAAAAAGACAAUAAAGAAAUUAACAGGACAGAAAAAGAUAUUAGCAAACCAGUAGAAAGAGAAGACAGGCAACUCAAAAAGAGCGAUAAAGAUGUCGGCGUAACUACUGAAAAUAAAACAGAACUUAGACGAGAACAGAAGAAAAUAGAAGUUAAUAAAGAUAAAAUCGUACCUAACAAUACUGAAUUAGAUAAAGUAGAAAUUAAGAAAACAGAGAAAGAGGUCGUAGAAAUACAAGUCAAUAAUAGAAAUAGUAAAGACAGGACUGAAAUCAGAAUUGAACACGAGAACAAAGUAGACAAGGUUGUCAGUAGAAACGAAAGACUUAACGAUAAACAUAAUCGUUCGAGUUUCUCAGAGGGUAAAGUUUUAAGCGAAGUCAACAGGAUAGAUUCUAGGAAUUCUCUGAACGAAGACAGGUCUAGCAUGGAAAUUUCUAGAUCUAAACUGAAUGAGAAGUCUAGUUCUUUCGAGAGAUUCGACAGUGUCACUGUUAAUAGUAUAGAUGAGAAGAUUGAGAAGUUCAACAGGUCUGGCUCUGUGGAUGGUAGAGAUAGAGAAGAAGUGGAUAGAAGGUCGAAGCUUAGGGAGAAGAGAAAAUCGCUGCACAACUCUGUGGAGAUCAGGCCGGUGACGCCUCCACAGCCCAAAGAGCCGGACCAGACUUCAUACCCCGUGAUAGCUACGGUCGCCUUAGCGGCAACCAACGUAGUAGUCCCCGUAGUGCCCGUAUCUGUGGCCGUAUCAGACAACGUAGUGGUCGUCGAACCCAACUCUUUGGCUGCCACUCCUGCUGGCCAUGUGACAGUUACUACCACACAUCCGCCUGUCAUCAGUACUGCCGCUCAGCUGCCCCCCAACGCGGUGACGAUAUCGACGACGCCGCCGAUCGCCGAUGAAGUGGUGAUCGUUGGCGCUGGAUCAUCGUCCGAUGAUGACUGCUUCGCACCUUCAUCGCUGGACUCGUUGGACUGCACGCAUUACAGUGAACGAACUCGCGGGCGUCGCCUGGACAGCAGCGAGGUGUUGAUCCUCAGCCCCGCCGCCGCAGACUCCGGCGUGUUCGACGACAGCAACCACCACGCCGGAAACUUGGACACUUCCCACGUAUCCGUGGUAACAGUAGGCAACGAGGAGGUGAGAGUGAGAGAUUCUCGAGCAGCACCUGUAGCCAGACUCAGCCCCGAUAGCUGUGGGAGACGAUCGCAAUCCGAUAGCGGCUCUGUGGCGUCAUCAAGCUCUAGAGUGGCUCACGAUGCUGAUUCUUUAGCCACGAGCACUGAAGAUCAUCAACAUCACGACGAUCACCACGAACCGGAGGCCAAUGGAGGCACUAGAAUCAGCACGGAUGUCCAGAGUCUAGAGAAUGGUGAAGCUGUGGUGCUCAGAAGGAAGACCCAAGACGGCCAACCAGUCAAUAGGAUACAAAGGUCUAAAGAGGACAUCCACCUGGCGAAUUUGAAGAAGAAGACUCGAAAGCGGACGAGAAAGUUCGAGAUCGAUGGCGUCAUCGUCACCACUACCACUUCCAAGGUAAUAUGGGGCGACGAAGAAAGCGGUCGCACUUGGGACGAUCACGCGCUUCGUAAACAAGAACUCAGGGAGAUCAAGAUGCUGCAGAAGCAAGAGCAGAAGCAGUUCCAGGAUCUCCACAAUAAAGAGUUACAGUUGAAGGAACAGCAAGACAAGAGAUUCGAAGCAGAACUAGCAUCAUUAUCGCGAGCUCACGAAGCCGACUUGGACACUUUAGCCCGUGCCCAAAGAGCUUCGGCCGAAAGGGCUGAACAACAACUAGAAGGGGAAUUAAGACAUGCGGCCAAAAGAUUGAGGGCGGAACACGAAAGACAACUGAGGCACUUCAGAGAUACUCUCAAACAAGAAUUGAGGCUGCUGAAACAGGAAGUGGAGUUAGUAUCCAAAGAGCGUCGCAAAGACGCUUACCGGGAGCGUCGCGCCCGUCUCGACGCGGAACACGCGGAGAGGGAGAAGGCAUUCGUGGCUUCCUUGGCGGAGACUCAGGAUGCUGUGCUGAGGAGGAUACACGAUCACCACAGGGACAGGCAGGCGCUGGCAGACCGACAGUAUCUGCAGCAGAGGCAUCAGUUCCAAGAGAACGAGAAGCGACGCUACAGAGCCGAGCAGCAGAGGCUGAUGACCAAACACACUAAAGCGAGGGAGGAGUUACGCGCCGCUGGGGAGGCGUUACUCCGCGAAUUGGAGCAGUACCAGAACGAGAAACGCAAGGCGUUGAUGAACCACGAGUCAAGCAAGAUGAAGGCUGUGGAGGAGAGAUACGCGGGCGAUCUAAAGGAGUGGCGGGCUACCCUCAACGACAGGAAACUGAACCUCAAUAAGAUCUUCGAGAAGAAUCUACUCGACCACGAGAACAAAUUCGGCAUGCCGAUCAAAGACAAGAGCAUUUACCUCGACGCGCCGUGGCCCAAGAACGUUUUACAGCACGUGUUGAGCGCUUACCACCAAAGGAAUUCUCUCAUGGGCUCCUUGUCUCGAUCCAGAACUUCUCUGAACUUCUUAUCGGCCGCAAACACUCCCAACAUGGAUAGAAGACGAAGCAUCAGCCCCAUUAACUCUAGAGAAACGAAAUCUGCCGCAUCCAGCGCUCACAACACGACGAAACGCGGCAAAACAUCCAAACUAAACAAAUACGGUUCCACAUCCAAUCUGAAAUUGGUUUCCGAGAAAAUAUCCGGGUUCUCCGUAUUCAAUAGCGCGGAUGACGUCAAAAGGGACCCCAUAAUGGCGUACGGGGAAGUCCCGAAAGAGAUAGAGGAGGAGCCGAGAAAAAGUAUCGAAAGAUCGCGGCCUGUCGAUAAAAUAGCGAGUGCUAAACGCGUAGUAAACAGGCAGAGUAUGUCAAGCGUUCUAAUUAAGCAGAUGGAUGAAUUGGAGCCGCAGAUGAGACGUAGCGUGUCCCAAAUGAACUUGAACGAUGACAUUGCUAUGGAAGCGGUCAUGAUAGAUUUGCCGUCUUUGGAGGCCGAGAAAUAUGGCACUGUUAAGAGUAAUAGCACUUUUGGCACUAUUUCCAGAGAUGGUAGCGAAGGAGAUGAAGAAAGUAGAAGUUUCAGUCGAUGGGGUCCUGUCAGGGGAUCCAAUAGUUAUGCAGAUGGACAUAGCGUACCGGUUAGUCAGUUGUCCACGUUGAAUUUGAAGACUACCAUUGUGGUAGACAAAUUGGAGAAACCAGGCGAUUCUGCCGCUUGA